AUGCCUCAGACCUCGUGUCCAGGCGAGCAGCCACCGGCGGUUUCGGGGCCUGUCGAGGAGCAGCGGCUGCGGGCAGGAUGGACAUCUCUCUUCCGCUUCACGUCUAAGAGGCAUAUUGCUCCUUUGGUUCUUGCUCUGGCCUUUAGCAUAGCCCGUGGGCUUGCUGUCCCUUUACUUGCCUGGAUACUGGGCAAGCUGUUUAAUGUCUUUUCAAGUUUCGGUUCUCACUCGAUCUCUGCUGGCCAGCUGCUAUCGACUACCUCCCUCGAAUGUACAUAUAUUUUGGCCCUCGGGUCCGGCGUCUGCUUUCUGGACUGGGCAUAUUUCUCCUUGUGGGUUAUCUUUGGCGAGCUACAGGCUAAAAAUGCGAGGAGAUGGGCAUUUGAAGAGUUACUACACAAGGAGAUGAGAUGGUUUGAUGGAGUCACCGACGGGCUCCCUGCCAUUUUACCCCGGAUUCAAGCCUACAUCCGAGAUCUCCAGCUAGCCACGUCACAGCCUCUAGGAGCCACCCUAUACAACCUUACUGCUGCUAUUGCCGCUCUGGUCCUGGCUCUGUACAUGUCGUGGAGUCUGACACUUGUAUGUCUUGCUAGUGUACCACUCUGUGCCAUCAUCAUUGCCUUUUUCUCCUCAAAGGUCCAACCAAAGAUUGAAGGGCAACAAGUAGCACUCACCAAGGCGUCGAAAAUUGCAACGACAGCCAUUUCUUCCGUUGACGUGGUGAAACACUUCAACAGUCAAGAUGCAGAAGCGGAAAAGUACAAAACUGCAAUUGGCAUCGCUGCUCAUUGGUACUACAAAGAGGCUCUCUACAGUGCUUCUCAGAUUGGCCUAAUUUCCUUCCUAACAUUCGGAAUGUUCGUGCAGGGAUUCUGGUACGGCAGUUAUCUCGUGGCAAAGGGUAGUCUGAAUGCUGGUCAAGUGUUGACAACUUUCUGGGCCUGUUUACAAGCAACACAGUCAAUAGAGGAGAUUAUUCCUCGACUGAUUAUCCUCGAAAAGGGACGGACGGCCUCGGCUGCUAUUAAGCAUAUAUUCAAUGAUACCUGCCAUACAUGCACAUUGCGGGAGCUUGGAGGCUCAACUCUUUCCCCUGUGUUCUGUGAAGGCGAUAUUCGAUUUUCAGAGGCAAGUCUUGGCUCAUCCUGCGCUGUUAAUUCAGCUACUAACAGUGGUCUCGUUCUUCAGGUCACAUUUGCAUACCCAUCUCAACCUGGGAGAAGAGUCCUAGACAAUUGCUCUUUCUUCUUCCCAGCGGGCGAUACAACUUUCGUUGUUGGCAAAAGUGGUUCAGGGAAAAGCACUAUCGGAAAUUUGCUUAUGAGAUUCUAUGCACCAACAUUUGGUGAAAUCCAUAUUGAUGACAGGUCGAUCCAGACUCUAGAUAUCAGCUGGAUUCGCAAUAACAUUACUCUUGUUCAGCAAGAAAGCAUUCUUUUCAAUGAGACAAUGCUGAAAAAUAUCACUUUCGGCUCACGGAAUACUGAAGAAACCACUGCUCAGGAUAUAUUUGCAGCCACAAAACUUGCAGGUCUGCAGGAUACCAUCCUUAGCUUUCCAUUAGGGCUCGACACUGUUGUUGGCUUGGGCGGUAGGUCCCUGAGUGGAGGGCAGCGGCAGAGGAUGGCAUUAGCCAGAGCCAGGUUGCGGGAUACCCCUAUAUUGAUACUCGAUGAGUCUACCAGUGCCCUGGACUAUUCAAGUAGGAUCUCCCUAAUGAACGCAAUCCGCGCGUGGCGACAAGGAAAGACCACCAUCAUAAUUACACACGACCUUUCACAAAUUCGAUCUCAGGAUUUUGUUUAUGUCAUCGACAAAGGGAAAAUAGCUCAUCAGGGAUACAAACAUAACCUUGAGAAGAAGGCAGCUGGUGUGUUCGAUCUUAAUAAUCUUGCGACUCUGCCAACAGACACCACGCCAACUACCUCUAAUUGGAGCGUGAAAUCUCCAGGUCCCAUGUCAGAUAAUAGGAGAAGAUCAAGCUUCAGCAGUAUAGAGCGGUCAAUGACUGAACGACGUUCGUUAACCACUCCUAUUUCUCCGUUCUUUCAUAACAGCUUUUCUCUCGAGCGGACAUUUUCUGAGGCGGAACAGAGCAGUCAGUCAAGGAGAAGUAGUAUGGUUGAGCGUCUUAUUGACCAUACGAGCCCCAGGUUCAGAAAGUCGCCGUUAGAUGCACUGGAUGACAAAAGAGUCGAAAAAGACUUAGAACAACCCCCGCCAGCGACCCGUGACAACCAAACGCCUUCGCCCUUCAAACCAAAUAACGAGCCAUUGCAAAAGAGCUACUCAAUGUCACAGAUUCUCUUGACCGUGAUACCAUCGUUGUCACCUUCAAACCGAAUGUCAUUACUUUUCGGCUUUGUCGCUGCCUUUUUCCAUGCAGCUGCAACUCCAUGUUUUUCUUACGUAUUCUCACAGCUACUAACCACUUUCUUUAUUGUCGAAAACAGAUCUCGACUGGCAAUGCAAUGGGCUCUUACGGUAUUGGGUGUAGCUGUUGUUAGUGGGAUAGCAUCAUUCUUCAUGCACUAUCUUCUGGAACGAUGUGGCCAAGCCUGGGUCGACCAAUUCCGUUACAAAGCCAUGCGCCGAAUCUUACAACAGUGCAAGCCUUGGUUUGAGAGGGACGAGAACAGCCUAUCCAACUUGACUCACUGUUUAGAUCGGAACCCGGAAGAAAUGAGAAACCUCGUCGGACGGUUUGCCUGCUUCAUGUUUGUUGCUGCCGUUAUGACACUGAUCGGAUUUAUCUGGGGAGUUGCAGUGUGCUGGAAAUUAGCACUAGUUGGUGCUGCUACGGCACCCCCUUUAUAUGGGUUGACGAGGUUAUACGAAAAGAUCAGCGGCUUUUGGGAGAACAAGUCGAAUGAAGCGAGCGAGAUAAUGGCAGGCGUGUUCACGGAGACGUUUCUCGACAUUCGCACAGUUCGAUCACUGACCUUGGAGUCAUACUUCCAUACUAAACACAAUAGAUCCAAUGGAAAGGCCUUGACAGUUGGUAUCAAACGAGGGUGCUAUUCUGGUUUGCUCUUUGGAUUCUCAGAGUGUUCAAUUCUUUUUGUUUAUGCUCUUAUAUUUUAUUAUGGGGCUAUCCUCGUAUCCAGUUCUCAGUAUUCAGCCAAGGAUGUCUUGAUGGUCUUCUCAAUGCUACUUUUUAGCAUGGCAAACGUGAGAGGAGUGCUAUCCCUGGUAAACAUGCCUGAAGAUCAAUCGCAUGAAGGCCAAGGAAACCUCCGCAUCCACGACUUAACGCCUCUCAAUUUCAAAGACGUGGAUUUCAGUUAUCCAAACAGACCUGGAAAGAAGGUCCUGAAUAACUUCAACCUUAAAAUUCCCAAGGGCUCGUGUACUGCAAUUGUUGGGCCUUCUGGCUCUGGGAAAUCUACCAUUGCAUCUUUAUUACUUGCUCUUUAUCCAUCUCCACCGUCGGGGGGUAAUAUUGGUACGAUUACACUCGGUGGUGUGAACAUUCGCAACAUUCAUGUCCCGACUCUCCGAUCGUUGAUAUCAGUCGUCCCCCAGGACCCAACACUAUUCCCAGCAUCUAUCAAAGAAAAUAUUGUCUAUGGCCUACCUGAAAACUCUUCACUCAAUACCUCUACCAAUAUUCAAGCUGCUGCCACAGCAGCUGGAAUCCACGAUUUCAUCUCCUCCUUACCAUCAGGAUACGAUACACUUGUUGGAGAUGGUGGAGUUGGUGUCUCUGGCGGCCAGGCGCAGAGAAUAGUGAUUGCUAGGGCACUUGUUCGUAGACCACAGCUCCUAAUACUCGACGAAGCAACGUCUAGUCUUGAUGUUGAGAGUGCAACCGUGAUAAAACAAACGGUAGCGAGGCUGAUGGCUUCUGGGAGGAGUUUGACAGUGAUAAUAAUUACACACGCAAAGGAUAUGAUGGAGUUGGCUGAUAAUGUAGUUGUUGUGGAUGGCGGGGUUGUAGUUGAAGAAGGGUCAUUCCCUGACCUGAGCAGUCGAAGUGGUGGAAGACUGAGGCGUUUGCUAAGGAUGCAGCUGUAA